AUUUCCACUGUAAUAACUAUAUUUAUUAUUAAUAUACACAAUAUUUUAAUUUGUAUUAAUAUGUUGUCUCUCAGAAUCAAUGGUGGAGUUUCCAAAAAUGAUUUCGUGAUGCAAUCAUUAGCUGAUUCGACAGGAUUGGAAGUAGAACGUCCGGCAUUUGUCGAGAUGUCCAUUUUAGGAGUAGCUUUCUUGGCUGGUUUACAAUGUGGACUAUGGAAAGAUAGAGAAGAAAUAGUAAAACUUAAUCAAAUGGAGAAGAUAUUCAAACCAAAUGAAGAAUCGUAUUUAUCUUAUCAAUAUGCAUUAAAUCAAUGGAAACGCGCAGUGGAACGCUUUAAAAAUUGGUAUUGACGACAAUUUUCUAAGUAAAUAAUUUUUGUGAUUAUAUGUAUAUUUGGAAUGUUUUACAACAUAAGAAAAUAUUAUGUAUAUACAUUUGUAUCAGUAAAUACUAUAAAGUAGAUCAGUCGAUUAAUGUUAAAGAUUAAAACAAUUAUGCAAAGUGUAAAA